AUGACAUCGAGUCGGGUUGAUCGCGCUUCUGUCCAGCCGCACUGCGAUGAACUCUUCCGGAAAAUCGAAUCGAAAUUUCACUCAUCAAACAUUCCCACUGAUAAAUGGUACCUCACAGCACUCAGCGCCCUUACAGCGACCUCCGAGCCUCAGUUGGCUGAUCAAUUAUACCUAUAUCUGGUCAGCCAGCCAGCGUAUACAACAGCCAGUGCACGCAUGGUCCUAAUCCGACGCCUUCGCGAGGUUAUUAUCAAAGAUAUCGCACUGCUAGGGAUCCCCAAACCCGCAGAGGCUAUAAUUGCUAUCAGCAGGGUAGAGCCGGAGAAUGAAAUGGACACGUCCUUCAGCCGGGAAGGAUGGCAAUGCGACCAUAAAAACCACGAGCGUGGCAUGAGCUGGCUGCAAAAGAUAUAUGCCCAAAAUACCGAAGCUCUUUUUGAUCUCUUCAAGAGACACCGCGACUUUGGAUUCAUCGUCAGCGAAGUUGCUUAUGGGCUCCAUCUGUCUGAUCGCCAGGAACUGGGUGAUAUCGAAACCGAGCUGGUUGUUCUUCCCGCAGUGAUGGCACAAAAUCUCCCACGGAUGACAUACUGGCAUGUCAGAGGUACCCGGCGACUAGGAGUCUCUAAAGAAGAUGUCCAGAUGGUUUGCGAAUGUGUGCGCGAGGUGGCGCGUUUUUGUGGAUACGAAUUAGACCGGGUGCCUGUGGUGGAGACAGUGGAGGAUGAGCUAUAA